AUGUCUGGUAUCCACGACAAACUCUUCAACUUCACCACCUAUCACUUCAACUCCCCUUCGAACUCGUCGAGCUACCUCGAACUCCUCGACUUCCAGUACGUCUCCUUCAUGAUGUACGCCGGUGCCGUGGCUGGUAGCAGUCAUGCUCAGAUCGUCAGCGUGGACGGUGCAACAGAACCUCUCGCUGAUUCCCUGGAUCCCAAUGUUCCACCCAAGAAUGCUGACCCGCUGAAUUCGGAACCUUUCAGACCUGUUCUGCCCUAG